AUGCCAUGUUCAGGAAGAAACCCUAACUCAGCAAAUGCAUGGAAGCUCACCGGCUCCCCCUCCCACCUCCUGCCGCCCCAGGCCGCGGCGGCCCCGCCGCCGGCGCCGCCCGUCAUGGCCCCUCCGCCCCCGCGCCCCAUCAUGGCCCCUCCGCCUCCGCCUCCGCUGUCCGCCAUCCCGUCGCGGCUCCACCGCAUCCGGCCGCCGCCGCUGGCCCCGCCCCGCCCGGCGGCCAUCCUGCCGUCGCCGGCCCAGCCGACGCUCUUCCCUCUCCCGGCGCUCCCUUCGGUCUGCAUGUCGGCGGAGUCCCCCAUCUCGGCCUACAUGCGCCGGCACCGCGGGAUGCCGUCGCCGAUCCUCGUGCCCACAUCGCCGCUCGGGUUCGGGUGCCUCCACUCGCCACGGGCGCCGACGUCUCCCGGCGUGGCCAUGCCGGCCACCAGCCCCCGCGUCCGCGACCCGUGACCAAGAAACAACAUCUGCCGCCGCCGCAGCUGCUUCCGAUGUGUAGAUAUGGCCGGCCUAGGAGGGAGAUCUGGGUGAUAGACUUACUGGAUCGACUAGGAGUAGAUCAGUGGGAUAUUGUCUGUAUUCAGGUGUUCACCUUAGCGUUCCGGCCAUUGCUGGUUCGUCGAUGGAGGACUGCGCACGGGCAGCGACGGUCGGUGAAGAGGUCGACGGUGAAGUGCAUGAGUGGCAGCGGUGGAGCUUCCUAUCGCUUCAGUGCCUCCCUCUGGAUCGAAUAGGGUUAGGAGUGGGGAACAGUGGCGGUGACGAACCUCGUACCCCGUGCCCCUGGUCCCCACCUCCUCUUUAUAGCACUGCACGACAGGGGCCCACCAGCCUUGCUUGGGCUGGACGCCCCCGAUCAGGGCGUGGGUCAAGGGCCCAAUGAGCCGUUGGGCCCAUUAGUGGAGAGAUCAACCUAACAUUCUCCCCCUUGAUCUCAUCAUUAUACUUUUAACUUUAUACUUUGAAAUAACUCUUUUCAAAGUACUCGUUCCAUUACAGAUUUGCAUGUAGAGCAUGUCUCACCAUCACGGUUCAUUCCCGAUAGAAUCAACACCUACAACACACUCCUCUGUUUUGAAACAGAUUAUUUAACCUUGGGCCCUUUUAUUGUUCGGAAAUCUUAGACUAUACCAUAAAACCCAUGUCGACUGAGUGUUCUCCGAACACACUGGGCGGCAAGCCUUUAAUAAGCAGAUCUGCAAACACUUGUCUGUUGCUUUUAUGCUUCAAGCAUUUCUACAUGAUUCCGGACUUUCUCCUUUACAACGCAUAACUCUAUGUCAGUGUGUUUGGCAUCAACACUUGACUCGUUGUCAUAGGAGCGAAAAACUUAAAAUGGUUAUCGCUGUUGUCAACCAUUAUCAAUUCCGGUUACUUGUUUCUUUAACCUUUUUGCCUGUCCCUCAGCCUCAUAUCAUGUUGUACAUUAUCUUUACAUCAUAUUAAUGAUAAUUGAUUCAUUCUUUAGAGUUUUUCCACACAAAAACUCCAAGUGUGAAAGACAACGACAAUUAUGGAUUUCGCUGUAUAUUUCACGAGUCCUGUCUUUGUACUCACAAUCUUUUGAGAGCACUUAUUUCUUUCAGCAUGAGGCCGAUAUCCUUGACUCCAUUCCAGUGAUCUAUAUCUGGACUGGACAUUAUCAAAACAACCCGGUUACGUGAACUGUGUCAAGGUAAUGUUAUACUUUUGCAUUCAUUAAGCUUCCAACAGCUGAAGCAUAUGGUACCAUAUUCAUUUGGUCUAUUUCAUAUUGACUUUUGGAACACUAAAGUUCCCAAAAUCAUUACCCUUUAAUAUAAGAACAGGCGUAGGUUUUAUACUUUAGAAACUUUCCUUAGCAUGCCCAUGCGACACACCUAAUACCCCUUUUAUUCUUUUCUCGGUGAAUCUCGAUCCUUAUAAUGAGAGACAUUCUUUUAAACUUUGAGGACAAGAACUUCUUUUCCUCCUGCAGUCGAAUUAACAUCACUACUAACAAGCAGAAUGUUAUCCGCAUGUACAAGAUAUAGGAAAUGAAAUUCCCAUUCUAUAACUUUAUACAAACACAAUUGUCCUCUCAUUUUCUUUAACCCAAAACA